AUGCUGGAGGAUGGGAAGAAGUUUGAUUCUUCUCGCGACAGGAACAAGCCGUUCAAGUUUGUGAUGGGCAAGCAGGAGGUGAUCCGCGGCUGGGAGGAAGGAGUUGCCCAGAUGAGCGUUGGUCAGAGGGCGAAGAUGACCAUCUCCCCAGAUUACGCCUAUGGCUCUACUGGCCACCCAGGGAUCAUCCCACCAAAUGCCACUCUAAUUUUUGACGUGGAGCUCAUGAAAUUGGAAUGACCUACCCCAACCCCCUGUCCUUGGGUUUGGCACAUGGAGGAAUCCAGAAUCUCAGCUUCAAGAAGAAUGCACAUGACUUUGUACGGAGCUUUUCCUGAUAUUCCACUACACUCAUUGUAUAACCUUACACCUUGAUUGAAUGCCUUUGGUCACUAAGCUUUGCGUCUGACUCUUCCUCCUUGUAUCGUGUUUUUAUGUCUUUUUAAACUAUACGCCGUAAACCUCAACUCUUUUUGGGUCAAGUUCUUAAUCUUAUUUUUGUUCCAGGUGUAGACUACGUUUUACCAGUAGUACGCAGAUGGCCUGACCUUAGAUAGGAGUCGUUUGAACAAAAGGAAACCUGUUAGUUAAUUGUUUUGGUGCCGACCUCUAUGGUGUACUAAAACCAGAAAUUGCUGCUGCUGCAAAAGCCAUAGCAGAGUGAGGCUGUCGAGGCUGAAUGGAUGCGGAGAGCAAAGUAGCACUAGGACUCUGUGUUAGUUACCUGCCUGGAACCGGGGCAAUGAGGAAGCAGUUGGUCCUUUCCCUGCUUUCUGGGGAAAGGACAGCAUCACUGCAUGCAGUGUUUUUACUCCUGGGAAGCUGGGGCUGCUGUACCCCUCCUUCCUCUCCCAACUGUUGACUUUUUCCAUCUCAUGGUGGACCUUCUGCCCACCUGCUUUUGGAUUUGUGGAGAUCAUUUUCUCUUUAGCCAUCAGAGCUCCACAACUACUUAGAAAUUCAGGAAAUCGCAUUGAGCUUUCUUUAAAAAAGAAAACAAAAGGCAAAAGGAAGGUGCUGUCUACAGGGGAGGUGGCAGGGCUGGUGGGGAGUCAGCUGAGAAGAAAACGCCCCCCUUCUACUCUCUCCCCCCUUGAAAGGAAACAUCAGACCCCAGUUGUCCCUGGUCUGAACAUACCUGACCAUUCUCUCCUGACACCUGAUGCUGGUCAUCGCUGCUUGUCUGGUCUCAUACGAUGCAUAGCUUCCCCCUGCUGCUGUCCUAUCUGCCCCCCUCCCUCCCUCCGCCCUGCGUAGUGAUUUGGUAAGAGAAAUUGCCGCCGUUCACUUCCUUCUCCACUGCAUAAAGGUAUCAAGUUUUAUUAUUGCAAUAAAAAUGCUUUAUGCUGGCUUUUCUCAA